UAGAUUAACAUAAAGUAAAUAAAAUUAUAAUACUUGGUUCAAAACAAUUUGAUUGUCAAAUAUUUCCGGCGGUCGAUGGAAGCUUGAAACAUACAAUGUUAAUUUUUGUUGUCUGAUAAUAUAAAAUAUAUUUGAUAAUAUCCAAAAUCAAAAUGUCUAUUGCAUACAAUAAAAAAAUGGUUUUCCAUUUUUACAGGUUCCCUAUAAAGCCUAUAAGCCUACUGGUUACUUUACCUAAUUUGUAGUCUGACACUGGCCUCUUACGAGGAUGAUACAGAUAGUCAAUAUAUAGAGCCAUCUUUCUCUUCAUACUUAACUCUAGGCACCUACCUAUUAUUUCGUAAAUUUCAUUAUUUUUAUUAGGAAAUUUGGUAAUAAAUUAUGCAAAACUUUUUAUAUAAAUAUUAUUAUUGUUAUGUAAUCAUUAGGCUAUAUACUAUCAUUUAGCACACACUAGCUCAUAUACUGUUUAUAAAAUAAAUAAUAAAAUCAAAUAAUUUUUUUUGUACCUAUGUGUAUUGUAAGAAAUAGGUAAGUACUAUCUAAGUUCCUAAUUGCUUAUUUAUUUGAUCUAAUUACAUUCCAGUCUAGUUUAAUUGAUUCAUUUGAACCUAUUGGUCAUUGGGAUCCGACAGAUUUGGUUUUAAAGCCCGGGAAAAGUCAUUUUCUGUAUAAGAAUGCAAUAUUUGAUGAGCUUACUCAUUUAGAAAUCAUUAUGCAAAAUAUGAGAAAAGAACAAUUAAAAUAUAGACAUAAGCAUUUGCAUGAAACUAUGUUAACAAAAAUUAAUAAGUUUGAUGAUGAUUUAACGGAAUUGAAUAAAAUGCGAAAAGAUGUCAAGCUCAGAAUUAAAUUUCUUGAUUUAUUAGCUUUAACAUUUGAAGAAGAAUUAAUAAUUUUAAAUGAUUUUGACUUAGUUGAAGAUGAAUGUUUACACAGUGUUUACCUUAAAACAGGUUUAAAAAACGAUAAAAUUAACCAAAUACAAAGCAUUCGAGAAGAAAUCAAAUAUUUGAAUGAUGUUAUCAAUAAUAAAUCAAAUAUGCUAAUAGACAUUCAACAUACUUUUGAUAUGGAAAUUAGGAAUGAUGGUUUUGCUAAACAUCUUAAAAAAAUUUUUAAAAAGAAAUUGAAAGUACCUAAACUCAAAUCUGAUGAUGCUGAUGAUACACUAUCAUCAUCUUCAUCUGACGGAAGUGAUGAAUCUGAUUCUGAAUUCAUAAAUGAAAAUGCAGAAUCAUUUACAGCAAUAUGUCGAGAAGUAGUGUUUGACGAAAAAGUAUUACCAUUAGGGUGCGAUCCAAAAUUAUUUAAUAUUACAUUAGAGUUGAGGUCAAAACGAUAUGAAAUUGAACAAACUAUAGAGGACAGUAAAAAAAAAAUUGAUGUUCUUAAUACACAUUUAAGUUUAAUAUAUGAAGAAUUUGAUGCCAUUGAGAAUGAAUUAAAACAAAAUAUAAAUGAACUAGAAGCAUAUCGGGUAAAAAAACAAUUGAAACUAAAUGAUAUUAAAACCACAAUUGUAUUAAAUAAAUCUCAAAUUACUAAAGAUAAAUUAUUGAAAAGUUGUAUCUUAUUAUAUGGAAAUGUUAUGCAAGAUUUAACAAAUAGAGUGAUGGAUUUAAAAAAAGAAGAAAAAGAUAUAAUAUAUACAUUCAAAAAUGAAAAAUUAGUUGCUAAACAGUUUCGUACAGAAAUAAUUAAAAUGGAGAACAUUCUAAAAAGCUAUAAGAUAGCCAUUAAGGAUGAGAUGAUAAAGAAAUUUAAAAUUGAAACAGAUUGGAAUUUUUUAGAUGAGAUGGAAAUGACUAUAAUCAACUAUAUGAUUAUUAAAUCAAAGUCCAAGGCCAAAGAUACAAAGGAAAGUUUUAUUCAAGAAAUAAGACUAUUAGAAAAUAAAAUCAGCUCUAAAACAGAAUCAAUAAUUGAUUUAUUAAAAUGGAAUACUUUCAAAAUACAAAUCUUAAAAGAUGUUUGUGCAAACAUUAAUAAAAUUCGACAGUAUUUGAUGGAACAACAGAAGAUCAAUAUAAAACUUCAAAGUCUGAAAAUGGAUACAUCAUUUACUACGGAACUCACAACCAUUAAACAUACAUAUGAUACAUUAUUAAAACGGAAGGAAGACAUUAGUGAGAAAAUAUACAUGUAUAAAUGCAAAGGUAAAAUGUUCCCUCCGAUAGUAAAACAAUCGUGCACAAAAUCAAUGCAAAGUCAGGCAGUCAAUGACAGGUCCUUAGCUACAACAACUAUUACCCCACAAGAGGAGAGCGAGGAGUCAUGGACAAUCAACGAUGAACAACUUACUUACAACAUGGAGUUUAAUGUAGAACCGAAGAAAUUGAUUUUUUCCAAACAAUCAUCACGGUUAACAAAACAGUCAUUACACUAUGAUGGUUUUGAAAAUGUUGAUGAAGAGUACAAAACAAACAAGUGGACAGAUUAUUAUGUUGAUGAAGUGAUACCGCCUUCAGAGGUUGUUGAAGACUUUGCAGAAUAUAAUGAUUUUAGCGAGAGAACUGACAUUCAGAACAGUGUGACUGACGACAACCAAUCAAAUGAUAGUCACAAUAAUAUUUAUGUAGAUAAAAAAAUCAAAAAUUAGCACAACRAAUGAAA